AUGUCGCUCCUUCGUGCUCUUCUCUUCGUCGCCGUGCUGGCUGCCAGCGUCUUCGCACAGGCGUCCAAUGACAACCCCAAUGGCAAGACGCUCUACGUCUCGGACCCGCACUGCAACUCGUACCAGUGCCGUGUCAACUGGCGCCAGGGACAGGACGUGUUCGUCAACUGGAUCAAUGCGCCGCGCGGCAAGCUCGACAUUCAGCUCGCGCCCGAGUCGGACCAGAGUCUGCCAACGUACACGCUCGCGUCCAACAUCGGCGCCGUGCACGGCAAGGCCACGUGCAACAACGCCGGCACGGGCAAGCGCUGCGGCCGCUGGGACGGAAAGGUGCCCGCCGACGUGCGGCCAGGCGAGUACAGCAUCGUCGUCAAGAGCCUCAGCAGCAACGCCGUCGGCUACACGGACGUCAUCCGCGUGCGCGUCGCCAAGAAGGACCAGCGCCGCCGCCUGCCGGAGCAGCUCGACGACGACGUCGAGGCCUGA